CGUUCUCUUGUCACUAGCCAAACCUGAGGGAUGGAGUUUGGGGUGUGUUAUCCCCUGGCUAACGGCCACUGUGAGUUUGUCAUGUCUGCUUUGGAGAAACAACGUCAAGAUGGUUCGUUGUGUGACAUCGCACUGCAGGUGGGAAACCAGAAAAUUAACGCGCAUCGGUGCGUUUUGGCAGUGUGCUCGGAUUACUUUUCUGCCCUCUUUGGUGGUUCAUAUUUCGAAAGAGACUCGAAACUCAUCGAUUUGUCAGAGACUUUCAGGAGCGCAGAGGCACUAGAGAGAAUAAUUGUAUCAAUGUAUAGAGGAACUUUGGAGAUCAAAAAGAGCGAUGACGUCUGCGAUUUGUUGGAAACCUGCUCUAUUCUUUUGUUUGAUGACGCUAAAAAACAGUGUGUGGAUUGCUUGAAAAGCACACUGUGUUUGAGAAACGGACUCAAAUUCUGGUUUGCUGCAAACAAUUAUUUAGAUGACAAGCACAAAAAGCGUUUCAAGAGCAUCGUGGAUAACCAUUUCCAUGACUACUACAUCAACCAGCCAGAAAUGAUUAAUCUGUCAGCCCAAGAUCUGUGUGUGCUUUUCCAGCAAAUGUUUCACAAGUUCUGUACACCUCUACAGCUGUUGGACUUUUUACUACGCUGGUAUGCUGCUGGUGAGACUGAAGAGGACUUGGGCAGACUAAUACAGCAAGCCUUGCCAGAGAACUUAGCGGCUGAAAAUGAAGACGCUAAGAUAUUUCUGUCAAGCCCUGAACUGUUGUCCAAAGAGCUUGGCUUGAGUUUGGAAAAAUGCCAAAAAUUCUGUUCAUUGGUGGGAACAGUGUUGGGUGGUGAGAAAAUUGCUUCUGCGCCUUUGGCUGGGUCACAGUGCUUCGCAAACGGUGCCGAAAGGGUUGUUAACAGCCAGGAAUGUGGGGAUACAAAGCGUCAGGCAUUUGGGCUUAGAACGAUGCACUCUGACAUAUUGUUGAAGGACAUGAAGGAAGACAGUGACAUAAUGGCUGUGUUGGUUUUAGCGCCAACACCUCACAUUCUAGAACAACGUUUCCAUCUGUAUGUCUGCUUCAAUCACACCAUGACUCAGCAGUUCCAUCCAGGCGACACACUGCCGUUGUUUCAUGUGUCAGCAUACAUUCCUCAGAAACGCACUUGGUUCCAGUUGGGACAGAUUUUGAGCCCAGCGGGACUCACUGGCGAUAAACUGACGCGGUUCUUUGAUGGUAGUCUCAUGGAACUGUGCAAUGGACAUAUUUACGUCAUUGGAGACUCAGGUGAAAACAACAUGAGAUGCAACUUGACGACAUUCCAGUGGAGUUCUUUGCCCCCUUUGAAACCUUUUAAUACCAGUUUACGACUUCCUCGCAAAGCCCCAGUAAAUAUACGUCCUGGACGACGCGAUCGUGUUCAAAUCGUUCAGCCAAUUGCAACCAGCACAACUUUCUUUGCCGCAGUGGCCAGUCAGCAAGAUGAAGUAGUGCGGCUAGGGUUGAUGCAGCUGGUAGAUGCCGGGCCAGAUGCUCUCAGUCAAACACACUGGACGGAGAGAGUGCCCUGUGACAUUCCGCCGGCACCUUGGGGUUUCACUUUGCUCACAGCUUAUCACUGCGUCAGGGAAGAUCGCUAUAUCUAUGUUGUGGUCAUUGGACGUAUGCAUUCCGUACACUGCAGAGCAACCUGCUUAGCAAAGUUUGACCUUCACCUUGAUACGGUAGAGUUCCUUAAUGUUCCGGAGGAGUACCUAAUGGAGCCAUACCACUGGACGCUUUUUGAACAAAAGGGCAGCCUGUACAUGGCUCACAAGACGACCUUUCUCUACAAGCUUGACCUUCGGGUGGAGGAAGCAACAUGGACGAACUGCUCAGAGCUUAUCACAAUCAAAGGGGACUUCAAACUGCCGUCUCUGUAUGCGAAAUCCUGGGGGAAGUUCAGACGCCUCAAUGGCGUUUCUGCAUCGGAGGAUUCAAUGUGGGUGAUGGUGGAGAAACGCCUGGUGGAUCGGUGGCAUUCGAUCAUGUUAUGGGAGGUACAGGUCGACAUGGAGUCUCAAGACGAGCAGCAGAAGGUCAAGAGGCAUGUCCCCUCACCCUACUCCUGCUUCUCACUAGUGGCUCAUGUUAAAUUGCCAUUAGAACGUCUCAAGGGGACAGAACUCUGCCAGUGUGUUCAUGCGGAGUAGCUCAGAGCUUAUAACUUGCAAGAGCUGAACAUUUUACCACAGAGUUAUUCUCACAUUAGAAACAGAUGUGUUCGCAUACUCCAGUGGCAAAGAGCUGCUUCAAUCAAAUUCAGGUUUCCACGGCAACCAGGUGAAAAAAAUCUUGAUGAUGUGACUGCAAGGAAAGUCAAAGAUUUCAAUAAACAAAGUUAAGAAAUCUUUGGAAAUACGAACAGUUUGGAAAAACUAUACAUUUUUCUUUCAGAUAUGUCCAUAACUGAGCUAAACUUUUAAUUAAAAACUAGUAUAAAGUGCUGUAUUUCUUGUUUGGAAAAAAAUACAGUAUGCGGUAUAGUCAUUUCAAAGAGAGGAAUCUUACAGAACCAGGAUAAAGGGGAGCCAUUUUGCCAGUAUCUGAGCCUUCUAACAUUUGCAUAUUUCAGUUUUCAAAUUUUUUUUUUUUUUUCAAAAGGGCUUUUGUGUGAAACU